UUAAAAUACAAAGAACAUACAGUAUCGGGCUAGAUCGCCAGCAUGCUGUAGUCCAGCUGUAGUCAGCGUUCCUUCUUCUCGAUCUCCAUUGUUCAGCGAGAACCAUCUUCAACGACGGUCGCCACAGUGGAAUAGCUUGAGAAAGAAGAGGGAGAUCCAUUGAUUCGUUUUCAUUUCCCAGACCAAUAUCUUAGUUUUCACUGCACAAAGCAAACUCACCAUCGAAGGACUAUUGUCUUUCUCAUGUUAUUCACAUUAACGGGUUUGGUGAACUGGACCAUCAUCAUCAAUUAAUAGUAUUUAAAACAUCCCAUUCUGUAGAAUGCCGAUUUAUCUAUAUGAAAUGUGAAAGACAGAAAAUUUAGACUAGGAAGGGAAGGAUUCGUGCCUAAGGAUGUCUGAUGCAGAAGCUCUUUCUGAGGUUACAGGUUCCAGAUUCAGUGACUUGGAGCUUAUUGGAAAGGGGUCAUUUGGAAAUGUCUAUAAAGGGUUUGAUAAGGAGUUCAAUAAAGUCGUUGCCAUUAAAGUAAUUGACUUGGAAGAAUCGGAGGAUGAAAUUGAAGAUAUCCAGAUGGAAAUUGCAGUUCUUUCACAAUGUAGAUCGCCUUAUAUUACAGAAUACUAUGGCUCUUAUCUUGACCAAACAAAGCUCUGGAUAAUAAUGGAGUACAUGGCUGGCGGCUCUGUUGCUGAUCUAAUACAACCUGGGCAGCCGCUGGAUGAGAUGUCAAUAGCUUGCAUUUUACGUGACUUGCUGCAUGCCAUUGAGUAUUUGCACAAUGAAGGAAAAAUUCACAGAGACAUUAAAGCUGCAAAUAUUCUAUUGACUGAAAAUGGUGAUGUUAAGGUUGCAGACUUUGGUGUAUCUGCACAAUUAACUAGAACUAUAUCGAGAAGACAGACUUUUGUAGGUACUCCAUUUUGGAUGGCUCCAGAAGUAAUUCAAAAUUCAGAUGGGUACAAUGAGAAGGCAGAUAUUUGGUCUCUUGGGAUAACUACAAUUGAGAUGGCUAAGGGAGAACCUCCUUUAGCAGAUCUGCAUCCAAUGCGAGUUCUUUUCAUUAUACCUAGGGAAAAUCCGCCGCAGCUGGAGGAACAUUUUUCCCGUCCUAUGAAAGAAUUUGUUUCACUUUGUUUGAAAAAGGUGCCUGCUGAGAGGCUAAGUGCAAAAGAACUCCUUAAGCAUCGUUUUAUCAGGAAUGCUAGAAAGAAUCCCCGCCUAUUGGAAAGGAUAAGAGAACGACCAAAGUUUCAGAAAAAAGAGGAUGGAGAAACACCUAGGAAUGGUCUUAGAACUCUAGAGCUGGGAUCCGGCACGGUAAAGGCAUCUAUUGAUUCAAAGGCUGAAGAAACUGUCAGAGCCAGCAGACAAGGAAUAAUGUUGAGAAAUGCUGAAUGGGACUUCAGUAUUGGUGGACAACCUAGCACUAAUCUCGGAACUGGAACAAUGAGAAGUAUAGUAAGACCACCACAGGAUAAUAAGGACAAGAAACAUGAGGGUUCUUACAAUAGCAAUCAGUUGUCAAUUGCUCCUGCAAGUGUUCUGCAUCAUGAUUCUGAAGAAUCAUCAGCUAGUGAGACGGGGACUGUUGUAAUAAGAUCUCCUGGAGUUCGGCCAUCUUCCUUUUCUAGUGAUCAGAGUUCUCUGUCUAGUGGCACAUAUGCAUCCCCCUUUGAGGAUUCUUCCCCCAGUGGUACUAUAAUUUACCGUGGACAAAAGGAUGGUUCUGAUUCUCCUCAAACUCCAAAGUCAAGACUGGGAGUCCAAGAAAGAACUUCCAGUGCUUCUGAGGACAGUGCUAUGAAUGUUGCAGAGGCAAAAGCUGCUUUGAAGAAAGGAAAUCCAAGGGAAGGGUCUGGAUUGGGCAAGGUGGGCAAACAUGGGCAAGACAAUAAACAGAGAGAUUUCACAAGCGCUUCUACUUCUUCAAGAAAUUCUCUUGAUUAUCUGGAUGCCAAAAGUUCUUUUCCAAGAUCACAGCCUGCAAACGAUGACGAAGACAACACACAGACUGCUGCGUUCUUACCUGCAUCUUUAUCAUUUCUGCUGAUCCCAUCACUAAAGGAGGCCAUUGGUGAUGAUCCAGAUGGACCAACAUUGCUUCGAGUUGUAAACUCGCUUAAGGACAUGGAGCGCACGAUACCUGGAUCAUGUGAAAUUUUUGUCAAUAGAUUACUUCAUCGGCUCGAGAGUUCAAAGGAGUCUUCUUUGAAGGAUCUGCAGGAGUUGGCAACCCACAUCUUUGUUAAGGAAAAAAAGACAUCCGAUAAUAGAAAUCAUGAAGAGGGUGAUAAACAAAGAAAAUCCCAAAAUAGAGAUUCCAAUUCAAGUGCCAAUUUAAGCCCUCUGGCAAGAUUCUUACUUUCGAGAUGGCAAGGCCUAGCUUCUAGAGAUCUGAAUCCAACUUCAUGAUAACUUGGGUAUUUUGCCUUGUUCAUUUUCGCAUAUUAUGUAGUCUAUUUAAUGUUUUUAUUGUGUAUACAUAUAGAAAAUUUGGUUGUUCAUUAUUAUUUUUAUGUAUUUGGUGCUUGUGUGAAAUGAAAGAAAUAUCAUACUGAAUCCAUAUUAUAUUGAGUUUCAUUUAUCUUUUUGACUCA